CCCACCGUUGAAAUUUGAAAUGAUCAGAGCGCCGCCCUCUCACCCCUGGUAAUCUUUUCCCGCAAGUCUCUUUCUGCAACAACCCUACUAAUCUUCUCUUUCUCCUUCAAUCCCUAUCUGGCUUCACCAUCCGGUCUUGCUCAAAUUCGAGUGAUGGUCCGUGGAUCAGAUACCUUAUCCUGUGCUCAAUGUGGCAAACCUGCUCAUCUUCAGUGUCCUAAGUGUGUGGAAUUGAAGCUUCCUCAGGAAGGUGCUGCUUUCUGCACUCAGGAAUGUUUCAAGGCAUCAUGGAGCUCUCAUAAAUCAGUUCAUCUGAAGGCAAAGUUAUCCUCAUUUGGGCCCAGUACUCCAGGUGAACAAAAUUUGGCAUCAUCAAAUGAUGGUUGGUUAUACUGCUUGAAGAAAGGGCAGGCUCGAACACCUAAACUUCCCCAUUUUGAUUGGACAGGGACACUAAGACCAUAUCCCAUAUCAGAAAAGCGUAUGGUACCUGCUCAUAUUGAUCAACCUGACUGGGCAAUUGAUGGAGUCCCUAAAAUUGAACUAAAUAGCAAUCUGCAGCAUGUUGUUGAGAUCAAAACUCCGGAGCAAAUUGAGAAAAUGAGAGAAGCUUGUCGAAUUUCAAGGGAGGUUCUGGAUGCAGCUGCUCGUGUUAUUCAACCUGGUGUGACUACUGAUGAAAUUGAUGAAGUGGUUCAUGAAGCAACAAUUGCAUCUGGAGGAUAUCCAUCUCCAUUAAGAUAUAACUUUUUCCCAAAGUCAUGCUGCAUUUCAGUUAAUGAAGUAAUCUGCCAUGGGAUUCCAGAUGCAAGGAAAUUGGAGGAUGGUGAUAUUGUAAAUGUUGACGUGUCUGUCUAUUAUAAAGGCGUCCAUGGUGAUCUCAGCGAAACAUUCUUUGUGGGAAAUGUUGAUGAAGCAUCUCGACAGCUGGUCCAAAGUACUUACGAGUGCUUGGAGAAAGCAAUAUCAAUUGUGAAACCCGGGGUACGUUUUAGGGAAAUUGGGGAAGUGAUAAACCGACAUGCUUCACUGUCAGGGUUCUCUGUGGUGAGAUCAUAUUGCGCUCAUGGUAUUGGAGAGCUCUACCAUUGUGCACCAAAUAUUCCCCAUUAUGCAAGAAACAAAGUAGUCGGUGUGAUGAAGGCCGGACAAACCUUUACAAUAGAACCCAUGAUCAAUGCAGGUGUUUGGCGUGAUCGGAUGUGGCCUGAUGGAUGGACUGUUGUUACUGCAGAUGGCAAACGCAGUGCUCAGUUUGAACACACACUGUUGGUGACAGAGACUGGUGUUGAAGUUCUAACAGCGCGCUUGCCAUCGUCCCCCAAUGUGUUCCCCUGGUUAAGUUCAUAAUUGGUGACCCAUCAUAGAGCUAUUGCAUCGUAUACCAACAAUAACGGAGUAGAAGAGUUGAUUCUGUCACCAUCGUUAUGGCAGAGUGUUGUAGUGUAAUUUUUUUACAAAUUGAUUAACAUUUUGGUUUAAAUUCAGAGAUUUUAUUGUUAUUAGUAGUGUGUACUGUGGUUCUGAAUUCAGCUUUCUACCCCUCUUUCAGCGAUUGCAUUUUUUGAAACUCAAAUCUGUAACUGAGACAACAAACAUGUUUAAUAAAGUCACUCUGAAAAUAAGAACAUUUUCCCAAAAUGAAAUAGCUAAUGAAAGAGUGGUUGUUGA